AUGAACUGUUCAAGCUGGAUGCAAAAAAUUCCCGAUGACGUAAAUAUCUCUUCACUUUCCAUACCUGGUACUCACAACUCAGCCGCUUGCUUCAAAUUUGCCCCAUUAUCGGUACAGUGUCAGGGUAAAUCAAUCAAGCAGCAAUUGCUCAAUGGCGUACGGUUCUUGGAUAUGACACUCUCUAAGAAUUUUAUCUCUAGGGGAGCAAAAGUGGACGACUUGAUUGUCGUUCAUGGGAAAUUCCCAGUGAAACUAUCAGGUCCUUACAAAUUCAAGUCCGUCUUGAACGAUGUCUAUCAUUUUCUCGAUAAGUUCCCCACUGAAACUGUUUUAAUGUCGAUCAGGUUCGAGAAUACAAUGCUUCAUUGGGAUCCUAAAAUUGACGAGUUUGCCAAAGUUCUCUUUGAAAGGUACAUUGCCCAUAAUAGACGCAGGUGGUACCUGUCAAGCAAAAUCCCAAGCUUGAAAUAUUCACGAGGUAAAAUAGUGCUCUUGCGACGUUUCCCCGUUAUUGAAAAUGGAGUCUAUCAAACUUUUGGCAUUUCUUGUACAUCUGAAUGUGAAAACUCAACUUCUUGUAUUCAAGAAUGCUCAAGUAUAAAAUCUCAGGACGACAUACAGGAGAAAGUGUCCCUUAUUAAGGGGAUGAUUUCAAAGGCUUCUGAUUACCAUUCUCCCUCCAGACGAGGUAGCGAGAAUUCUACAUUUUCCAACAUAAACUCUAAUUCAUCACAUUCUUUAUUUGAUGACUUGAGUAAUGAAAAACUACCCAGUCCACCUCCCAAAUUGUUUAUCAAUUAUUGUACAGGUGCAAACUAUUUGAAGAAAAACUAUUGGCCUUCGAAGGUUGAUAAACGAAUAAGGGAGUUUAACAUUGAAGCCGAUUUUCAAAAAAAUUGUGGUAUAGUGAUAUUCGAUUUUGCUGAUCGUGAUGAUUGGAAAUUAGUCAGAAAACUAAUUCUUUCUAACUUUUGA